CCUCUGAAAACAACCUGUCAAUAUCUUACCGUCCCCUUUCAGUCUGGUUCCCUUAUCCACACAUUUUCGUUUUCAUCGGUUUUUGCGGUACUUUGAACUGUUAAUUGGGUGACGAUCCAGGGCUACCUACUCCCUGCUGUUCGACAAUUACAACAUUCCAGGAUCUCAUUCAGCUCAAUUGCAAAGGACCAUCAUAGCUGAAAGGAUUACGCCAUUGUUUAUUCCGACACGACCUUGAUAAUCUUAAGUCUGCUAGGGUGAAAUCUCGCCAUGAAAGUACUUCGGUGGAAAGCUUUCUUGUUCACCGCUACGGUGAUCGUUUCGUGUGGUAGUAUUAGUGCUUCAAGCUCAAAUGUCUCGACUGAAACCAAUUCAACGAGUCAUGAGGGCAAUACAACAGCAGUCAAGGAGGAUCGAGAAUUCGUGUUCUGUAAGUUUGUCGGUGCUGUUUUAUUAACGAUAUUACAUGCAGUCGUUUGAGUUAAUCUGUUUUUAGCAGAUAUAACUUUGUUGUCUUUGCUUCUGGGUCAGCUUUUCAAAAGGUUUUUCGACUAGUUGGUUGUUGCAGUACUCAGACAAAGAUGAAAAGAAUCGCCUUAAAAAGAUAGUAUGGCAAAAAUCGCGAAGGAAGUAUCUUCAUCAAAAACUGUACAGUUACCCUUAAGUGAUUGGUGGUCUUUGUUACUAACAACACUAGUUGAAGGAAAAAAACCCUCUCUAAUCGAGGGGCAUAAGGUAGUUUGCUCCCACUUGUAAAGUACUAUAUUCAAUAGGACCCCAAUAGCACAUUAUAUGUCCAAUUGCCUUUCAAUAUUUACCCAUUAUCUGUAUUUUUGGUUACUUAUGAAAGGCUGCUGGAAAAACAAGGAUAACCAAUAAAAGCGUUAAGGUUUUACGGCAAAAUCCAAAUCUUUCUGGCCUAUUAUACUUUCUUUUCACGAAAGCGCGCAAUGUCCCUUUUAUAUAUUUCUAAAUUUAUAUCUCAAAAGUUCGCUUUGACUAAGGCCUCUAAGUAAACAAAACGGAAACUUGAUCAAUUGUCAAUCUUAUUACGGCUUAUAACCAAAUUCAUUAAACAAACAGUAUGCAAGUUAUAAACGUGGCAAAUGAAAAUCGCGUGUUAGAAGGAAAACCACAUACUUCAAUUUGCUUAAGCUUAAUUACAUACCCAAAGCCAACUUCUGAUCUUUUCUAUUAUUUCCAAGUGUACGAGAUGAAAGGUCCUAUUAACGGAAAAAACAAGUGGGUAAUAAAAAUUUCAACGCACGGCUGACGUAGCUGAAGCUAAGCACGACUGUUCCGUCAUCUUUCACGUCAUCCUCUUUUGACCCACAGAACCUACGAUUUACCCUUGCAAAUUUGUUGAAGGAUGCCGCGCUAGAAAGAAAAAAAGAUAUCGCUUGGAAGGGGGGUACCUCGUUCAUGUUUGUGGGGGAGGGGAAGGCUGGGGAAUCACUUACCUCGGAAGGGAUGAUCCUCGCCUAUCGUUAACGAGACCAUGUUCAGACCCGAGGUUCAGACCAUGUCUUGCGGUAAAAGAUAAUCUCAAUGGAUUGAUUCUCCCCCUUUUCUUCACUAAUUUCACCUACCCCUACUUGUUACCCAUAAAAGUCAGUCGCUAUCUCCUGUGGGAGGAGGGGGGGAGAAAUUAUUGUAAUAAAUAUUGAGUGAAACUGACAGAGGAUAAAGGUUAACCUCUGCUGGAGCCGGACUUAUCAAGAGGAUGAAAUAGGAAAGAAAUUGUUCAUGUUUGAUUUUAACUAUGUUUGUCAGCAUAUAUACAAGGAAACUAAAUCUCAAACCAACGUACUUGUGAUAAUUGUCUAUGAACAGAGAUUUUUCAAGAAUAUUUUCAAUACGCACUGUUGAUCGAUAGCUUCCUUCCUGAGACGGUUUAAUCUUAUAAUAGUCGUGAUGCCAAUUUUAAAGAUCAGGUUCGCAUCAAGUCUUGAUACGUGCUUUCUGUUGCCUCGGAUCGUAGAGAAUAGAAGAGGGCGAUAGACCGGAAGCCUCAUAAAAGUUCUGAUACCAAUUUCCCGUCCUAUUUUCGCACCAAAACAGAUCAACAAUCUUAUUCAUAGUAUCCUGAUCGAACAGGGCUGCAAGAGACCCAGGUACUUCCUUGCACAAGGAAGUUGCCCCCCCCCCCCCUUUAAGUGAUAGAAGUGGGCUUAAAAAUUAUUUUCUAAUGCAGAACAUUCCAUGUGUUAUCAGACAAAGUUGUGGUACAUUUACGCCAGAAUUCCUCUGUGUCUGUGUGUCAAUAUAGAAAAAUUGAGCUGUAACCUUAUAAAGGCAUUCGGAAAUUGUUACAGUACUUUAGAAUACCUUUGCGUCUGCGUUUAGCCAUAUGAACAUAAUGUUACUAUAAAAAGAUGAGAAUCAAUUUACGUUUCGUAAAGCAUUCGAAAACUAUGAAGACAGUAUUGAUUGCGACCAGGCCCUAGUUUAGUCAUAUGUCUAAAAUCUACUGUUAAUUCAUUGACUUUUGAAAACUAUUAUGAAGUCUAAAAUAUAUAUAAGAGGAAUAGAGAAUGUGGCCCGCUUAAUAGAUAGAGCAAACAAUAUACAAAUAUAAUUGUUUUCCGUGGGUUGAAAAAAUACAUGGACAGAGAGACGGAAAAUAGACAAAAUACUAGGCUCAGUGUCUCCACUUCGGCACCCUUUUACCAAGCAAUCUGAGUGUUACCUUCUUUUCCUACGUAUACAUUGCUGUGGAAACGUGACCAUAUUUCGGCCAUAACAGAAACAUGAGCAUACUUUUAGAAAUGCAGCAGUAACGAAUCAGAUCGAUUGAGUGACAAAACGGUCUUAAUUAUGGAUUUAUCGACACUAGAAGAUAAAUACUUUUCAAAGGUCAAAACAAGCCUUCGAAAAAUUAAUUCUAACAAUUUGAUAACAAGUAACGUUAAUUGAUUACGUAACUGGGGAAUCCUGCGAAUUCUAAUCAAUUCUGAUCAGCAACGAUACCCUUAGCCUGAAUUUCGUACGAUUACUUCGAGUCAUUUUCUCCUCUCAGCAACUCAGCAGUUCCUGAGGGAGUACUGAAAACGAGUCGAAGUAAUCGUCUGAAAUUCAAGCCACGAUACCUCCACGUGUCCAACUCUAUCACGGCUGUCAAGUUCAUUGGGUUUCGUGUUGGGUUAAUAUAUCCAAUAACACGUCUUAACUGGCGAAGUUGAAGUUGGCGAGGAAUUUACAUGUAAAUGAAAAAAGCACAGCCUCGUAUUAAAACAAAUGUCACUCCAAAGCAUUAUAUCAAGGUCACAAAAAACAAAAAUGAACUUUAAAAAACUGGUAGGCUAACAAGUUUUCAAAAUCCGCAAUUGCAAUCCGUUUUUUCCUCCUCAAGUUCGUCCAUCCGUAGCUCCUUUUGUAUUUGCUGUGAUUCAUACCUUCUUUUGAUGUUUUGAGCCUUUAUAUUUAUGUUUCAGUGAAUUUGGUGGCAGCUCACAUUCCGGGGGGAGGGUUAAUUGGGUUCAUUUUUGCUGUGUAUGUGCCGCUGGCCUCCCAAAACCCCUACCUCAUUAUAGUCUAUUCUGUGGGCAAAUAUAGACCCCAUCUUAGCCACUUUUGGGAAAAUGUAAUUUUCGUGAUCCCAGUUAAAACUAGGUCAUCCUGAAAUAGGUUAAAUUUAGUGAGGUAAAAAUCUUCCCAGUUUUAAAUCCGUACCUACGCGAAUUUUCUGAUCCCCCAAAUCCCUAAAAUGUGCGAUCCCAUUCUAGUAUCUCUGAUGAAAAUGCGACCCCAUUAUAGUCCAGUACAGUCAAUCCAGCCGUGAAAAUGCGACCCCAUCCAGCGGCACAUCCCCAUUAGCCUACUACUAGGAAGUAGCGCAACGCCCCCCGACCCGUUUUUCUCUGACCAUUCCAUUAUAAAUAAAUAAUUAAAACUUUAAUGGCUGUCACAGUUACUGGUGAACCCAGUAGUUUACAUUGUGGCCCCAAGUAAAUUUCGCACUAAUUUCAGUUGUAGCCGGGAAUGAUCAACUGUGGCGCUAUGUUGGUGAGGCUAAGUUUGUUUUCUUGAUAAACUGCAGUCACCACUGUAGGGAAUUACGAUUUAAGUGUCGUUAUUACAUGUUUAGACCUGACCAUUAUUUGGAUUCACAGUGCCUGGCGGGUGCGAUUUUGAAGUGGAUUUCUGUAAUUGGACCAAUGAGGCUUCCAGGGACGACUUUGAUUGGCUGCGACAUAGUGGAAGAACUCCAAGCACUAAGACUGGUCCAUCUUCAGGCCGUACAGAAGAAGGUAUUAAGAGUGUGGCAUUUUGAAGAACGUAAUCCCGUAAACUGCGCGUGCGUAGCGAAUGCUGGGCAGCUACAAGGUUAAGCUAUCCACUGGACCCAUUUCCCUUGAUAAGUUAAUACUUAUUUGGCAAAAAUAUUGCGACUUUUUUUCAAUAAUUUCGCUCCGUGAAAGGGAAUCCGAGUUCCGGAGAGUGGUGAACUUUUUCCUUUUGGAUUCCGGAAUCCUGGGCUUUGGAAUCCGGAAUCCAACUAACAAUUAGAAUCCGGAAUUCAAGUUCCACUGACAAAGAAAGGGAUCCAGUAACUGGAAUCCGGUGAUCCACAGCGUGGAAUCCAGAAUCCAACACUGUCUUGGAUUCCCUUAAAGUCCUUAAAUGGGGCAAAUAAUUUAGUGACCAUUCACGCCUAUCUCUUAAGUUUCACACGAUCAACUGAUGAUUCAAAACUCGCUUUGACUUUCGACGACUUUCGCAAAGGUUGUUCAAAUGUCAAUCACUGUCACUUGACUUGAUUUGCUGUCAAUAAUAAAAUUCCUGUUAAAAUUUGGUUGUGUUAGUUUAGAUUCGGUUAUGGCAAGCCCUUGUGAGACCAUUUAUGGUUUGUGUGAGACCAUUUUCAGGUGAUAUAAAGUGAAUCUUCGAGCUCGUCUGCGUAUUAUAGUCAGAAUUUCUUUCCAACUAGGACACUAUAUUUAUGUCGAGACAUCUUGGCCACGAAAGUUGGGACAGACUGCUCGGCUGGUCGGUGGCCCGUUUUCAGGGAUAAUGUGCAUGCGGUUCUACUACCAUAUGUACGGAAGGCAUAUUGCGGACCUACAAAUCUACCUGCAAGACACCAAAUCUGGAAUGGAGAAUUACGUAUGGGGAAGAUACAAAAACCAGGGAAACGCAUGGAAAUUCAGUAACGCAACAGUAUAUGGAAACAAUUAUACAGUAAGGACUAUGCAUAUAUAUUUUAGACAAAAAGGGGAAACCAGGGCGUCCGACAAUGGGAAGAGGGUUUUGUGCUGAAAUGCUAUUAACUGGAAUCCCGUUAGAAUACCUUCUGAAUAAAUAUUGAUUCUCUGCAACUCUUUAUAGGUUAUAUUCUCUGCUAGGGUUGGCAAGACGUAUCAGAGCGACAUCGCUUUGGACGAUAUCACCUUCGUGAAUGGAACAUGCGAUGGAAAGGAGCUUAAGUAUGUACCUCAGAGACUAAACGAGACAGACCAUACCAUGUUAAUAGGAGAACCAGGUAACUGAGAACUUCAGUUUUGAAGGUUUAUUCCCGUAAUAUUUUCAAAAGAGAAAUUAAAACUGAGGCUCAAAAUAUUCCAUUUAAGGUUUACGGAGUUUGAUUUGGAAUAAUUUUCCUCGAAAAAGUAUAAUUUGUGGUCUUAAAUGGAUUUUUACGCCAUUGGUUGUCCUGUGUCGAAUUAUGGGCUUUACUGAUUAGUUUUGCAUAUGUUUUGCGGGUUACAUUACCCCAUUAGGGCAUCUCCAAGAAAUCACGUUAGCGGCAAAUGACAAACGCCAAUUUUCCCUUUACUUUUCUUUUACUGUUCAUCGUAUCUUCCAAUAAUUUAAGUAUUAUAAUGCAUGCCAGGUUAUUCCAGAAAGUUUAUUUUUGACAGUUUUUAUCUGCUCAUUUCCUAGUUUGAGACUUUAUCAACGUGAAUCUCACCGCGUUGCAGUGAACGUGAUUCCAAUUCUCCCUUAUGUCUUACAAGAAGAGCCAGACUCUUAAGCCUGUUGAUUGACAUGAUCUCAUUUUUUGUGAUCUGGUUAUAAACUUCUUGUAAUUUUCAGCAAGAGCUUAUUUCGAGUCUUAAACAUUUAAAAAUUGAUUCGUAACUGGUUACUUUUAAACAAAUCCUCAAAUUCCGAGAAAAUACAUAGUUUACACUGAGCUAGGAGCCCAUAACCCGGAGCGAGCUGCACCUAUUCUAGGCCUAUGUCACCUCGUUUUCAACAACCAGUUUAUUCUUUGGCACAUUUUAGAGCACUUUUUCCCGCGAAAGUGGAAGCUGCUCUCCGUCCAUGAGCGCAUUCAAGGUAUAAGAUAUCAAAAAGGAAAACUAAGCUUGUGAUGCUUUGCUUGAUAUUUUGCUCUUGUCGUUGUGAUUGACUCAUAAAUAGCGGGCCUCUUUCUCAGCCGGUCUUAGACGGGAGUCGAACCACUCCCAGUUGUGAAUUCUUCUUAUCUUCCCCCCUUCGUUUGCUGGAGUCGCCAUCAUAUUUUUCCAGAGUUUUGAUUGAUCGUUGUAUUCUUUGUGGUUUUACGUCAUGCACUUUAAAACUUGUCUAUUGUCAACAGGAACGUGUAAUUUUGAUGGUGGAUUCUGCGAAUGGAUAAACUUACCCCUGGGUGAUGAGUUUGACUGGACGCUGAACAGUGGUAAAACGGGUACGAUGCUGACUGGUCCGACAGAGGAUCACACAGGCUACCAAGGUAUGAAGUGCCUCUUAUAUUAUGACUAAUUGGAAAAUUAAAAAAGGCCCCUUGAAACUGAUAAUAAAGACCUCUCGUGUUCUCCACCAUUGAAGAAGCAUUAAAUGAAAUGGAGCUGUCGUUAGACCGUUCACAGUCCCCUAUUUCUCCAUAAGAUCCUGUAAUCGAGCACCUAUCCUCACUGGCGGCCAUCUUGGUUUCAAAUGUACCGAGUCUAAUAGCCUGGGGAGGAGUAUCAAAUCUACUUAGGGGGGCGGGAGGAAUUGGGAAAAAUAGAUGGUCCCUAUAUUUUUGUCGCCUCCGUCCCCCACUGCUUGAAACCCCGGAGCCCGCCGCCUUGGUACAUUAGAAAACAAGAUGGCUGCCCGUAACGUUAAGAGCUCGACCUCGCCGAUCUUACGUAAAAACAGGGGACUCUGAACAGUCUAAAAUGGGUGAUUCAAUUAAUUUUCAUCGUUUUUCCUUUUUUUAUUCCAGGAGGGUAUAUUUACGUUGAGGCUUCUGAGCCUCAAAUGUACGGGCAAAAAUCGCUACUGAUGGGACCGCGCAUGUGUGGAAGGAUGUGCAUGCGGUUUUUCUAUAGCAUGAACGGACGCCGCAUGGGUACGUUAAAUGUGUACAAACGGGAGGGCAUGCGAAGAGACGACCUGUUGUGGACCAUGUCGGGUCACCAAGGGACAGAGUGGCAUGAGGCCUUGGUCGACAUUGGCGGGGCCUGUUACCAGGUGAGGGUUUAUGGAGACGAAGACACCGUUCAAAAGCCCGUAAAGUCAAGGCUAGGUUUAUCUUGGAGGAGAUUUUUCCGGAGCCAUGAAUGUUCUCGGGUGUAUUACAUUUAGGGCAUUCGGAUUUGAUGAGGUUAGCACACAUCAAUAAAUCUAAGAACAUUUAUUCAGAUACAAAGUAUUAACUUUAGAUUUCGGAUUCAGAAUGUCCGGACACGUGACAAAACUGGGACGUUUUUAUUUCAGAUUUACGCAUCUGCGUGUAAACGGCAAAACUGGUCUGGUACGAAAAUGCUCCGGAUUCGUCACAAAUGCGCAAUAUCUCCCCUAGUGUAAAUCUCCAGAGACAGAUAAAGUUCCAGGUUUUGUGACCGCGUACGCCCUAGAAGUUUUCAUAUAUAUGUAAUGUGACUGAAAAUUGAGAGGUAUAUCAUUCACGGUAUAUGUAACUCAAACAAUUUCAGAUUUUAUUCGAGGGAGUGGUAGGUCCUUCUUACCUGUCCGAUAUUGCCGUGGACGAUAUCUACUUGACCAAAGGAACAUGCUGCCACCUGAGACAAGAAAAAUUUGACGCAGGUUUGAUUGGUGAGUUUUUAUGUUUUCAAAUGAACUCCUUAUCCCUUUAGCUGCUUUCAUUACUGCGAGUGCGUUCCGUACGUGAGGGCAAGGACCCAGAUAUUGAUCUCGCGCGAGUACCCACUAGAGACUGUGUUCUCGGGAGAGCGUUGCCACCUUAUACAAAAGUGUUUUUUCGAGACGUUUGACUAUGAUUAACUCCUUUUUCAGUUCUCAUAUGACAAUGCUUGAACACUACUGACCGCUUCAUAAAACAGGUUUUGUAAGUACCCGGCGUAUCUUGUUGUUUGUGGACACUCAUAAUUCUUCUUCAUUCCCUUCUAGGGAACUGUACUUUUGAUGAGGGAGUAUGUGAAUGGAGAAAUGACCACAACGAUGAUUUUGACUGGCAGCUCAUAGAAGGAGCAACUCCAAGCAGGGAAACAGGGCCGACGGCUGGUUACAACGGAGAAGGUUUCAGAUUAUUGCCAACAUAACAUUUAUUCAAAUGUUAAAAAAGGACGUUCUUUUUCAGCCUAUAAACUGUUUGUUGACUCAACUCGGUGGCAAAUUUGUAAAUUUGUAGGGGUCUUUCCUGCGAUGUUUCAGUUGAUCAAAUCUCCAGUAUUCAAAAAAAGUGAUGUGUCCAGUUUACUGAGGCUGAUGUGGAAACUAAGCUGAUUUUUUUCCCGCAACUCGUGCAUCAUAGAGUAGCUUUAUUUCAAACGCAGUGUUGAAAUCAUGGUGGUAUCUUUCAGCCUUUUAUGCUCUGUCUGCUCUGUUGAAAAUAGAAAGUGAUCACUCGGUGGAAGAAGUAAAAACAAUUGACAAUUUACUCUUUUCUCUUUUUUCGAGGCUGUUUCUGAUAUAGCCUGUGUACAGACCUCCCCCUCCCCUCAGAAAAAUCUGAGGGGGACGUCUGUACACAGGCUAUCAUGACACCAUUAUCAAGUUCAAAAUGGUUAGAACAACCUAUGAGAUUAUGAAAUAGUUCGCUGAAAUUUUACAUAAUUCAAUUCGAGCCAAGCUAUUUGCGUGACACUCCAAAAUUUCAUAAUCUCACAGUUUAUUCUUAUCAUUUUGAACUUGAUAAUGGUGUCAUUAUGACUUCGAAACGUCAUUCGUUUUUAGCGUUUUUAGUUUUUCUUGCUCAUGUCUGAUAUUCUCUCACACAUUCCUCUCUCAGGUCAAUAUCUUUACGUGGAAUCUUCUGAACCACGCGCAGUUGGUGACAAAGCAGUCUUAGUCAGCGGUGUAUUCAAAGGCCUACAAUGUAUGCGCUUUAUGUAUCACAUGCACGGCCAGGAUAUUGGUUCACUCUCUGUUUAUCGCUUUGGCGAUGGCAUCAUGAAGAGCUUGUUCUGGCGUCGUCAUGGUGACCAACGAGACAGGUGGCACGAAGCACGCAUAACCUUUCCAUGUAACUCAACUUCAUAUCAGGUAACUAUGCCAUACAAAGUAGCCUGCCGUAGCACACUCUUGAAAAUAAUGAGCGUAAGAAAGAACGGGGCGCGCGAUGGAGACACGCGUGUCUCCUUCGCGCGCCCUGUUCUUUUUAAAAUAUAAAAUACUUCACAGCGCCUUCUACGUAGGCUACAUACAGAGUUGUUUCAAGAAGCUAUAUCACUCGGAUUUCCGCCUGCAUCUUAUUCUCAAAUUUGCUAUUUAAUGCUCUCCAUCCUUAGCCUUCCCUAGCUCUUUAUAUUUUUCUAAUACAUGUUUGCUGUUGAUAUAUUUUAUCAGACUCCUAUUCUCAGUUUUCUUUAUUAGCUCAUCAUAUAUAACAGAAGACCUCCUUUAAAUCAGCAGUUGUGUCAACUGUAAAUAACCCUAUUUCUAAAACCUUUACUUUUGUCCUGUUAUAGCUUAUGACCGUUUGAAAAAACAUGACGAAAUAAUAAUGGGAUUUUAUUGCAGGGACCUGCCGGCUCAGCCGGCAGGUUCUUAGCGUAUAUGGGUAGUUUCAACCAAUCUGAAUCAUGGGCAGGGCUUUUAUUUAGCCUUACCAUAUGCCCACCCCUCUUGAAUGCUAAAACCGUGCAAAUCUUGAUUUCAGGACAAUCCCCUACCGACUGAUUGGUAUCUAUAUCGUCGCCUUUGCUGAAGAGAUAUUUGUUUAUUGUAUAUUGGCGGGUCUUGAGAAUAAAGUUCGUCACCGUUCAGGGCUGGCCAAAUUUACUCCGAUCAGUUUGGAGUUAGUCUUUGAUUACAGAGUACUUCAGUAAACAAUUACCCCCAAAGCAGAGCUCUUGUUCACGCAGAGUUAAGUAUUUCAUCGUCCUCCUUAUCUCACUAGUUAUGCCUCAGUAUAAAAAGCUCUUUUCAGGACAAUCCGUGAUUGGUUCAGUCGAACUUCUCGUACAUAUAAUACGACUCCCCUACUAUGGCGGAGAGUUCUCCAGGUCCCGAAGUUACCAAACUUCAGAUAUUUCCUACUUAAUGCAGACAACUCUGUAAUGGGCGGGACACAAGGCUCUGUCCUUUUGAUGUGUUUAUUGAGGAGGUUUUGACUGUGUUGCUCAUUUUACCUGGUAUAUAAUCCCAUUGAAAACCGUUUACUUAAUCUGUAGAUACAAAUAGAGGCCGUCAUAAGUGUGUGGAGGAGUGAUAUCGCAAUUGACAACAUCAAGUUCACAAAAGGCGCUUGUCCUUCUUUCGCACCCACUACAACACCCGCGACGACAACAAGGAUGACUACUACUAAAGCUCUGAUAUCGCAGCAAUUGCUUCCCGAAAGUAAGAAAUAAAAUUAAAAAUAUGAUACAGCUUCCCGUUUGGAAUGUCAAAGUAGCUUUACCUUCUAAUCAAAUGGAGUGAUAAUUGUGGUUAGCUCACAUUUCCCCACUUUCGUCACCAUACUUGUGGGCUUAUCUUACAGCAUCAUGUCCUUUUUAAAGGGGCUCUGUCAUUGUCACCAGGAUACUGCUGUUUUAGUUCAAUUCUGUGCUAAAUGUAUUAUAGUCAACUCCCUCUAAGACGGACACCUUUGGGGCCGGCAGUAAGUGUCCGUUUUAGAAAGAUGUCCGUCUUAUAGAGAGUCAAAUAAAGGGAGUAAAGAAAGGCAGGGACCAACUCUAGGUGUCCGUUUUAGAGAGGUGUCCGUCUUAUAGAGAGUCAAAUAAAGGGAGUAAAGAAAGUCAGGGACAAACUCUAGGUGUCCGUUUUAGAGAGAUGCCCGACUUAUAGAGAGUCAAAUAAACUGAGGGAGUAAAGAAAGGCAGGGACCAACUCCAGGUGUCCGUUUUAGGGAGGUGUCUGUCUUAUAGAGGUGUCCGUUAAGAAAGAGUCGACUGUACUUAGUGCCUUUACCCAUACACAAAAUGCUGCUGUAGAGCUCUGAAAAAGAUAUCAAACAAAUUUCAUAAGUGAGCACUAACCAUAACAAUAUUUUGGUAAUUUUUGCAGGAGUUUCAAUCCAUGUCCAUUCUUUCCAUACAUAGUAACAGACGGCAGGAAACAGUUUCAAUGCCUAAAAUAGUCUUAAAUAACAAAACUGGACCAUUAUUUUUGAAAUUCAAUUCAGAUGCGAAGACGCGUACAGUAGAACCUCAGAAACUCGAACUCUGAAGGGAAACGAAAAACGGGUCAAGUUAGCGGGGAAUUAGAGUUAUCGGGGUAAAUUUCAGUGAAAUUUUGAUCAAGGGAAAGGAAAUUUACUUCGAGUCACCGUGGAAUUCGAGUUAUCCAAGUUCGAGUUGUCGAGGUUCUACUGUAUUAGCUUUUAAGCAGGUAGCAAAUACCGUCACAUAUAGCCCCUUUAAGUAAAUGCCUUCAAAAUGACGUAGACCGUAAUUAGAUUUUUACUGAAUCAGCGUGCUUGAAACGCAGCUUCAAUGUCGCAUCAUACGACCAGUUCUACCGGCUUCACGUCUUGAUUUCUUUCCUAGAUAGCUGCUCGUUUUCAGGCCAUUUCUGCUCUUGGAUAAACGACAACAGCGAUGACUUUGAUUGGCUGCUUCACAGUGGAGCAACAAUGACCAGAGAAACUGGACCUACUUCCGAUGCGGGUGGAGAUGGUAAAUAUUUCAGAUACAAAAAUGUCAUUUGUACCUGACAAUUGCACUCUCUCCUUUAACUGAUCGUAUGUAGGAAAAAAAUGAUGCCAGCGUAGCCGGCGGGAUCGUUCGCGCGAGGGAAGUCUUAGCAGAGGAGCUGCGAAGCCGUGUGGAGAAUGGGGUGGAGACGCUUUUCCGCCAAAACUCUCACUCGCGCAAAAAUAAUCCCGCUAGCUACACAGGCUAGAAAAAUGUUCAGGCAAAGAGGCACUUUAUCAGCCACAGCCACAAUGAUCAGAUACCGUUAACUAUCGCUUAUAAGUCCCUCCACCUAUAAGCCCCCCAAGUUAUAAUCGCAUCCAGCUGUAAACAAAAAAGUACUGAUUCCGAAUUACUAAAUUUCAAUACCAAAUUACCUUUUCUUUAGGUGGUUAUAUCUAUUUGGAAGCUUCACUUCACACCAGUGGUCAGAAAACCAGAUUACUUAGCGGGUACAUGACUGGAACCCAGUGUCUUAGCUUCAAGUUUCACAUGAGGGGACCUGGGACUGGUUCCCUGAGAAUAAAUCAAAUGAGUAAGAAGAACUCAAGACCGAGAGUAGUUUGGUACCGAGUCGGAGAUCAGGGAGGUGAUUGGAACGAAGCGCGAUUAAAUUUGUUUGGAAACUUUUAUAGGGUUUGUUUCUGAUAUUACUUUAUUACAUUAACUGUAAGUAUGAUACUAGAAAAUGAAAAUUACAGCUGAGCCUCAAUUAAGGGGCCCUUCUUUGGGGUACCGGGAAGUGGCCGCUUCAUGAAGGCUGACCGCUUGAUAGAAGUUCGUCAUAAAUUAGCAUAAUCUUUAGCUGAAAUAUCACUAUAUUUUUAAACAAUUUCGAGACGGGAACAGCCUUGCUGGUCCACAAUCGGUCGUCACCUUCUAUCUCAGACUUUAGUUUUCUUCAUCAUAGUCUAAGUGUAACAAGCGCUUGAUGGCCGCUGAAUAGAGGUGACAACAAUGGGCGAAUUCUCUUUGGGAAGACCAAAAGGUGGCCAUAGCCGCUAAAUAGAGGUUUAAUUUCCCACUCUUUUCUUCAAUUAUCAACGCCCCCUCAUACAGUUUGGACAGUUUAUCUCAACAUGUUGAAUGCCAUGGGUACUCAAUAUGUUGUAAUUUUUCGAACGAAAAUAGAGAUCAGCAAUGUAGCCUCUGUUCUGUUUAGGGUUCCAAUUUUGGUUAAAAUAACAGCUACAGUCAAUCCGUAACUGAUGUUGAAUUUGUCGUUCACCCUUCCAAGAAGCUGCAACAUGGUUUUAAUCUUUGAAAGUAUUAUUCUCUUAUAAAUAACGUCAUAAGUUUGCACCUCAGUGAAAUAUGUUUGUUUUAAGUUGUAAUUUCAGUUGAUUGUCCAACUUAGUUUGGAUUAAAGUUUCAGCCUCCGUUAAAAUUAUUUACACAGAUGACUUGACCUGUUUUGCAGAUUUCCAUUGAGGGUGUACGAGGCUCGACAUUUGCUGGAGACAUUGCUGUGGAUUCAAUAGAAGUUACGCCUGGAAGGUGCAAGUUAGUAUUCAGCGAGGAGGAAAUUCAAUCUGACAGCCAUUUAGGGUUAGGUAAAGACCUUCUUCUUUGUUAUGUCUACUCUGUUAGCUCUGAAAUACCCCGAUCUUAAUAUCUACCACAGUGACUGAUGAAUAUUCACAUCAAUUGAAUCAGCCAUAUUUUCACACCGUCGGUUCAGUCUCUGGUGGUGUCGUGAUAUCACACUCUUUACCUACUAUCGGCGACAAAAUUAGUUGAGACACUUCGGCCCAAACAACAUCUCAUGACCAUGUUUUUAUUUUUUCUAAUCAAAACCGCUCCUUUUAGUGGUACCCCUCUCCCUAUUCAAAGUUGUACCACUGGUCUUAAGGCUUGUGGGCAGUAUUAACCGACCCAACUUUGUCAAGAGUGUCUCACAAUUUUGUCGCCGAUAGUAGUUUGCAGAGGGACCGGGCUCGUUUCCUCACUGGUGAACAAUAUCUAAACAUGUUAACUAACAACAACAACAAACAACAAUGUAUUUCAUUAAGAUCCAUAAGCUAACAAUGUUUAAUUCCCUGCAAAUAGCUAGAGCGCUAAUCUAGGUAGGACAAAAUUUUAAAUAAAGGUGUUAUUAAAUUACCUAUUAAGAAAAAAAGGAAAAGAAAAGAAAUACAACAACACACCGAAAGAAAAACCACUCACACAAACUCAAGCACAGUGGUUUUGUUAUUAGAAAAAAAGACUAAAAUUACUAGGGAGGCAUACACAACGUAUCAUGCAGGUUAACUUCUUAAAAUAUUCUAUUAAAUAAGUAACAUUCUAAUAAUUAUCUUCAUUAUCUAGGGUAUUAAUGUAUUUAGGAGUAGUGAUUUAAUUCUUUUGCUGUUGUACGUUUUAAUACUUUGUAAAGCUAUUCUGAACAUGCUUGUGUAGUGGUCUUUUUUCAGGAACGGGAAUAUUCGAGAAGAGAUUCAUUCAACACAAAAUACUUUAAUAGUCCGACGUGCACACUACGUACAAAUUUUGUUCAUUCCGUGUUCCUACUACAUCCCAUAACUACAGCUACUUUGUGAGAUGACGCAAUAGGUAGAACGACUUCCGGUUCCGGGUCCACUACACUUUGCAGAACAAUAAGACACACACUGAAGGGACUAAGGGUAGAACCAAGUGCCCCACUGGACUUCAGAUAUAUAAGACCGUUCUUUGAUUUAUAAAUUUCAGGAAAAUGUUCCUUUGACAAUGGCUUCUGUGGAUGGAGAAAUGAGGCAACAGAGGACCGGUUCGACUGGUCAAUCACCGAGGGUGAAACACCUUCAAGGGGAACGGGACCAAUGACAGGUUUCGGCGGGUCAGGUAAUGAGGAACAAUAAAAUUAAAGUACGUACUUACAGAAAUUGUUAAAAAAAUAACUUGCGGAACAGCUCCCUUGUUUGAGACAGGCUAAGUCUUGUUGUUGGUAUUGCCGUUCUUUGAAUUGAAAAACCGAAGAAGACUAGGGAGGUCAAGGGAAAGUAGACUAUGGCGACCAGCGGGGUAGGCAUUAGUGUGAAACAACGAUCUUGGGGGAGGGGCUCGCCUCAACUCCUCAACUGUUUUGGGAAUAACCCAAGGAAAUAAAUUACCCAUGCACCCAAGGAACAAGGAACAUAAUAUUUUGACAAAAUUCCUGUUACAAUCCUUCUUGAUGUGCUCUGAUCUGUUCUCGUGUGUUUAGGUUUUCUAAAGCGUCUUUUUGUGCCCUGAAAUUUUCGUCACCAUCUUGGCACUGAGACGUACGGAAGGUUGCCAUGGCAAAUUUGUAAUUUCAUUUGUGAACUUUUAAAUUAACGCUGAAAUUUCGCGUCAAAAUUUAGGAGUAAUUCGUCACCCAUGAUAUUUAAAAAAACGCAAUGUACAUACAUAUCUUGUUGAACAGUCCAUCAACAUUACACUUUAUAUCACCAAUAUCUUCUACUUAGGCAAGUACGCUUUUAUCGAGGCCUCAGCCCCUCGCAGACCAGGGGACAAAGCCAUCUUAAAGAUCUAUGGUUCUGGAGAGGACCGUUGUUUGUCCUUUGCAUUCCACAUGUCAGGAACAAAUGUCGGCAGCCUGUCCGUUUAUCAACAAGAGCUUGGUAAAGGAGUUUCCCCAGCCCAACUGUGGAUUAGAAGCGGAAAUCAGGGCAAACGGUGGCAAGAAGCUGAAGUGAAUAUUCAGGGGUAUCACCAAUACAAGGUAAUGAGUUAUAUUGUGAUUAUCAGUGGCUCAACCUUCCAUGCUUCAUUACUGACCAUAAAUCGAGUAGGCGCAUAAGAAAUUUGGGACAACAUAAGGCACCACCGCGGCGAAACGUCUAAAUCGUUAUUUUUGUUUUUUAUUGCUGGGAUUUUAUUUACCAGUUAGAGAAAAAUGGGCAAAGAUGUAUAAAUCAGUUAGUCAACAUAACUAUCUUUCCAUUUUUCUCAAAAUUUUGAGCUUUCUUCGCUGAAAUCGCUUCGGGCUAAAAGAGAAUCAUGUUUGAAAAUGGCGCCGAUAAUAACGUCAGCAUCGGUUUUCAAUCACUUAGAACUUUGUUAGUAAACUUUUAAAAAGUUGAGUGAACUAAUAGGAUGUUGGUAAUACCCUAAACUUUCGAUAGUGAAAGUAGCAACCUUAACUUUAAAGUAUUUCGCUUAACUUUUGCAAAUUUCACUCGUUUGUCCGCUGUGAAACAUAAGGCACACUAAAAUCACGUGAUCGCGCGAUCGUACCCUUCUUUUGUCUGCGUUGCAUGCAGCACGACUUGUCGCUCGAGACCAAGACAAAGAACUCGAGUCGGGGAUUUAGACGGUCUGCGACGCAGGCUACCCGGCUUAGCGCUCCAACAUUUUGUUGUCGCACAACCUCGUUCCCAGGGCCUUCUCUGCGUUUAAGAUGCAUGGCUCUCGUUCUGAUCCGGUACGCACUGAAGUUGCUUAAAUUCAAAGUAAAAAAGUAUUAUAUUUUUCAAACUAAUGGUACAACCCGAUUUAAUGACCUGGAAAUAAGCUGUUGAUUUUAUUUUUAUCUUAUUCAGGUAAUCAUCGAAGCUGUUAGAGGUCAAAGCUAUCGAGGAGACAUAGCAAUCGACGAGGUUGGUUUCGUUAAGGGUCGGUGUGGACAGCAAAGCGACAAAAAUGCAAAAAAGUUGUAAAAGAAGAUAUUAUGUUGGGUCUUAAAUUAUUAUAAAACUACAAACUAUAAACCACCCAACUGAACUUUUGUAACAUGCUACGCUAGCUAAAGUGCUAGUCGAAUGGUCCAUCAAAAGGUCACGAGACGAUACAGCUGUUCUCUUGAAAGAAAAAAAAAAGGAAUUUCAGCUAACUGGUCAUUGGUCCACACAUGGAAAACCGUUUAACCUAAGAAAUAUUCUAGUAAGCCAGAAAAUUACUGCCUAUUUGAAUCGGACGACGUUGAUGAAUUUAUCAUGUAUUUGAAUUUCGUGAAAUUUGUCAGAACUUUUGGGAACUGCUUCCUUUCGAAAAUAGAAGCAAUAUGAUGAAAGCCAUUUCUUUAGAAAAAUAGACAUUUAAAUCAAAAGUAAACUUUCAAGUCCCUUAGUCAACAACCCUGUUUUUUGAAAGCGCUCAGGCUUUAGCAUAUAGGGUGCCUAUGGGUCGAGGGCAGUGUGAAAAGUAAAUAUCCGAACAGUUGAGGGUAACAAACCUUUGAUAAUAGGUAGCUUAGGUCCCGUCCAUACGAAUUUAAUUCAUGUACCGUAAAACUCCGAAAAUAAGCCCCGGGGCUUAUAUUUUUCAAAGACCAUUUUUGAGGGGCUUAUGUAGGGAGGGAAAUUUGCGUUUCAAAAUCAAUUGGGCUAGCCUUACAGUUGGAAGUAAAUUUACCUUCUUUGCUUUGUUUUUAUUAGUAUUUGAGGGCAAUUUUCCGAGUACAAGCCCCCAGGGGCUUAUAUUUGGAGGGGCGAUUUAACGGAGGGUUUUUUUUUUGCGUUACC